CUGAAUGCUGUAGUUUUUCCUUGCUCUCUAUUUUUUUUUAGGAACAGCAGAGGCUCCGCACACAAGGACGGAGAAUAGGAAUAACACCAGGAACUCUUCCUUUUGCCUGUCUGAAGACAGAUUUAUUUCGUACAUGACGCAUUUAUAGAGGACAAACAGGUACUCCAUCCAGUGGCACUGUGAGUUUAGAGGAGCAAAGGCAGGAUGUCAGCCAGAGGAGGAAAGAAGAAGACCACCAAGCUGUCUCGCUCUGCCCGGGCAGGAGUUAUUUUUCCUGUCGGGAGAAUGAUGCGUUAUCUGCGCACAGGAACCCAUAAGUAUCGCAUUGGCAUGGGUGCACCUGUGUACAUGGCAGCUGUCAUUGAGUACUUAGCAGCUGAGAUUUUGGAGUUGGCUGGAAAUGCAGCAAGAGACAACAAGAAGGGAAGAAUCACUCCAAGACACAUCAAGCUGGCAGUGGCCAAUGAUGAAGAACUCAAUCAGCUGCUCAGAGGGGUGACCAUAUCAAACGGUGGAGUUCUGCCUCGCAUCCAUCCUGAGCUGCUCUCCAAGAAGAGAGGAGGCCGGGUGAAGGUGGAGACUCAGGUGGCCGUUCCAGAGAAGAGGGCGAGUCGGAUGAAGGCCAUCAAGAAACCCAACAGAAAGAGCAAAGGAAAACCAGGCCGCAAGCCCAAAAAAAGCACAGAAAAUGACAAAGAAGCAGACGCCAACGCAACAUUAGAAGAUGGACCAGGAGAAGGAUUCACUAUUCUCUCCGCAAAGAGCUUAUUCCUUGGACAGAAGCUUUCCCUUACAGAGAGUGAAAUCAGCAAAAUCGGAUCAAUCAAAGUGGAGGGAAUCAUCAAUCCCACGAAUGCAGAGAUUGAUCUGAAAGAGGGAAUCGGUAAUGCCCUCGAGAAGGCAGGUGGAAAAGAUUUCCUCGAGACCGUUAAGGAGCUGAGGAAAUCCCAAGGCCCCUUGGAAGUCGCAUCAGUGGCAGUCAGCCAAGCCAAUGGGAUGGCAGCACGUUUCAUCAUCCACUGUCACGUCCCCCAGUGGGGCUCAGAGAAGUGUGAGGACCAGCUCGAAAAAACUGUCAAGAACUGUCUCUCGGCUGCCGAGGAGAAGAAACUCAAGUCGGUGGCCUUCCCCUCGCUACCCGCCGGACGAAAUGGUUUCCCAAAGCAAACGGCAGCCCAGCUAAUACUGAAGGCCAUUUCGAACCAUUUUGUCUCAGCAACCAGCUCCUCUCUGAAGAACAUUUACUUUGUGUUGUUUGACAGCGAGAGUAUUGGAAUAUACCUGCAGGAGAUGGCCAAGAUGGACAGCAAGUGAUGUUCAGUCAUGGAUUUGAUAUAUUUGAAAGUGUAACGGCCUUGGACGCCUUUCUGUUUUAGCUUUUGUUUGACUCUCUGCCUCAACGCUGUUUGAUGGUACCAUGAAUUAAGCAGACAAAAGCUUUAGCAGAUAAAGCAUCUAGGCCAGUAGUGGGUUGUUGUGCAGCUUGGUGAAAGAUGUUGUAGGUAUAUGUUUUCGAAAACAGAUUAUUUGAAGGUGUUUAAACAAGGAUAUUUGUGACGUACUGUACACCAUUUCUGUUUUACUGUUCUUUAAAGAAUAGACAUUCAUUUAGAUUAGAUCGACUUAAUCAUUGUUUGCCAUUGUUAUCCUUAGACUGAUCUUGGUUUUACAUUCCAUGUUCGGAGUUAAACUUUUGACCGUUGUUUUUGGCUAGAUAUGUGUGAUUUAUCAAGUUUUGAUUUAUCGAGGAAAGUGUUUCUUGUUCUGCUUUGAAAUAAAAAAAUGUUUUACACCACA